AUGGCGCCUCUGCUACAACGUUCACCAAUGCGUACAAGCACUGCAAGGUCGGUCUCAAUCUCACGAAGCGGAUUCAAGCCGUGCACCUUCCAAAAGGGAUGGGUUUCAAAGACGGCAACUGCUUUUGUAAAUUGCUCAUUGCUACAUUCUAUAAAAGAUCCCAAUAUAAACACGCUGAUUACAGAUUCUGAUGGUUUGGUCUCCAAAUCUCAAGAUCAUGACAAUGAUUCCAUUAUUGGUAAUUAUCUUGAGAAGGCUGGAAAGUUACCUUCAGUUUUUGGUUUGUUAAUAUUAGGUGCUAUGGAAGCAGAGCAAGAGAGAAAGUUGUUUGUGGGAGGAAUACCAUGGCAGGUUGACAAAACUAUUUUGGAAGAACACUUCAGCCAAUAUGGUGAAGUAGAAGAAUGCGUGAUCGUGCUAGAUAGAAUCACUCGUCAACCUAGAGGGUUUGGUUUUGUUACCUUCACCGACCAAUUGGUGGCUGAGAAAGUCUUGGAAGAAAACCACUGCAUCUUUGACAAAAAGUCAUUCUUUUUCGGGGAUGAAUUUAAUUUGGUUAUACAGCUUGUUGUAAAUCCCUCAGAACCAAGGCGCGGAACGAACCAGAAUAACCAAAGCGAUCAACAUGCUCAACGUCGAGGAUCUUAUCACCCCAAAAAGAUAUUUGUGGGGGGUUUACCGCAUCAUCUUACAGAAGAAGAAUUUAUCAACUACUUUGCGAAGUUUGGCGCAAUUGAUGAGGGGGUGAUUAUGUAUGAAAAGGAAACCAACACGUCGAGGGGAUUUGGUUUCAUCACUUUUGAAUCAGAUGAGACUGUUAAAGAUGUAAUGCAGAAAAGUUUUCACGAACUGAAAAAUGAGAUAGUGGAGGUCCGGCAGGCUCGUCUCGAAGUAAGGAGGAAUCACAGACGUUUGGUGAACUGGUAUGACCCUGAGAAUGUAGGGUCGGAACUUGUAGGAGGGCUUCGAUACGAUGAUCUUGCUUUUGGGAUUGAUCGUCUUUUCUGCUACAAUUGUGGAGGUCCUUAUGGUUAUGGACAUUAUCCAGGGUGCUUGUAUGGGGAGGAUCCUUAUAGGGGGACUUGGAAUACUGUGAGGGUUCUCCAUACCAAUUGGGUUGGUGGUGGUGAAGUGGACCCGUGGGCGUGGAAUGGUUAUCUACAAUUAAUAUAA